AGACGUAUAUCUGCACGUAUCUACCUUAUUAUUGUCGAUUUUCACUGGGCAUGAACUCGCACCGUCAACUCGUCCAGUACGGUGACCUAGAACAAUCCCAACAAACCAAUGGCGCCAGCAGCUCAGCAGUAGCCUCUCAUUCCCGUCAAUCGCCUCCAUCCAAAAAACGCAAGAGGUCAAACCAAAAAGCCAAACGCCCCAGAAAAACUGCCCACUGGGAUGAACCAGGAGACAAUCAAAUGAACUACGACGACGCUAGUGCCCAUGAUGAGGAUGGUGAAAUUGAAGAGGAGGAGAGUCGGGAGCUCACACAUGAAGAAAUAUGGGACGACUCUGCGCUCAUCGACGCCUGGAACUCUGCCACAGCAGAAUAUGAGGCAUUCCACGGGAAAAUGCAAGACUGGAAGUCGACCACUGUCAAGAAAUCCUCCCUAUGGUAUAACAUCCCCUAUAAUAGUUCGAAGGAGAAGGCCAAAACAUCUAACUCAACAAAAGUAGCGUCUGCAUCUGCAGAGGCCGCCAGCCAGCCUGUCGCCGCUGAAGAGGAGGACUCUGCACCGCUUGAUUUCGACACGUUCGUCCCAUCGUAUGAUCCUUCGCUGCCAGUACCAUCUGAGGCUCCAACGGCACCCGAGUCCUCGUUUUUCAUACCUGCACCUUCAACCACCAUGGUAAGCCGCGACGAAGCUUUCAGCCGUGCGCUAAGUGCGAUGUACUGGGGUGGAUACUGGACUGCAGUAUACCAUUGCCAAAAUCAGCAUUCCUCUCAGGAGGUUGUCGAGGAGCAAGAUCAUCAGGAAUACGAAGAAGAUGAUGAAGAAGCUCUUGAGGAUGAUGCUGAAGAUUUGGUACCUACUCAGCGGUAAUUGCCAAAAAGUCACUGGAAGGGUGCAGACCCCUAGCCGUGCUACGGAACUGAAGGCUGUGGCAUGUUAAUGAGCAAUUUAACAUCAUUGGAAUGAAUGCAUUUGAUAGCACGUUCGAAAGAUGAUGAGAUAAAAAAAGUGCAGUGCUUUAGGAAAAUGGACUUGAAAAGCCUCGACGUGAUCGCAUCGUCAUCAGAUGAACAAUGAUUAUAAUCUUCGGGCCAUCGACACCCAGACUGA